AUGAAUGCCCAGGCUACCGAUACUGCUGGGGGUGAGACCACUCUACUCCACAACAAAGAAAUCAAUGGCACCAGUGGUGUUGACCAUGCUGGUGGUGUAGCAAAAGAGAGGAAGCCUUAUGGUGACUAUGGCGGUAACCCUCUCGCCCACAUCCGCACGAAUGACCCGGAGCUUCGCCUGCCUGCUUUCGGUGGUGAUUUCCAGCCCGGUCUCUACAGGGCCCCUAGUCGUAAAUUUGCCAACCCUGCGCCUCUCGGCCUCUCUGCUUUCGCUUUGACUACGUUUGUCCUAUCUUUGAUCAAUGUUGGAACGCGCAGCAUUGGUUCCCCAAGUCUUGUUGUAGCCCUCGCCUACGGCUAUGGCGGAUUCGUCCAGCUUCUUGCUGGCAUGUGGGAAAUGGCUGUCGGUAACACGUUUGGUGCCACUGCUUUGUCUUCCUAUGGCGGUUUCUGGCUCUCAUUUGCCAUCAUUCUCACUCCAGGGGGGUUCGAGAUUGAAAGCACUCUGGUCAAGCACGGAGAGGCUCCCUUCCUUAACUCCUUCGGUCUCUAUCUGAUGGGUUGGUUCAUCUUCACCUUCAUCCUGCUGCUCUGCACCCUACGGUCCACCGUGGCCUUCUUCCUCCUGUUUUUCACGCUCGACAUGGCCUUCCUCCUUCUCGGCAUUGGUUACCUUCAAUUCGACGAGGCGGGUCCCCAGGAGGGUUGCAUCAAGGCGGGUGGUGUGUUUGGUCUUCUCGCCGCCUUCCUCGCCUGGUACAACGCCCUGGCCGGUAUUGCGGACAAUUCCAACAGCUUCUUCGUCAUCCCGGUUGCGCACUUCCCAUGGAGCGACAAGGGUCGCGAGAGGCGCGCGAAAGUCGACAACGAGGCGGCGCGCGUUACUGAAGCCGUCGCAUAAACGAUAGCAUGAGAAAAUUGUUGCAUGUGUUUGUAUUUGCGUUAUGCAAUCAGGGAUUUGGAAUUUGGGGGAGGAUUGCAAUUGUGCACGUCCUCCAGUCUAGUGUCUGUCUGGAAA